AUGGACGCGGAUCAACAAGAAAAGGCCACUCUGAGCUAUCCAUCAGAAGUAUCUCAUGUGGCUACUGAGGAUAUCAACAUGGACCCUCCUGCUAAUGCCACACCUACCGAAGAGCAACAGCAAUCUGACAUCACAGAAUCUACAGAGCAACAACAACAAGAAGCAACUCCUGCUCCUGACGCUGAAGCCGUUGUUAAAGAGGAACAGAAGGAGAAGGAUAAGGAAAAGAUCACAGAUGGAAAGGAGGAAUCUCAUCAUGAGGAGGAGGUCGUCACUACCAUGACUACCAGCGAAGAGCAAGACGCAACUGAAGAACCAAAACACGCGCUGGAAAGAGCCUCAACAUCUCCAAUUGCACCAACAGAGCCUGCUACCUCUAUGUUAACAGCAGAGCAGGAUCCUAUGGAUGUCAUGGAAACGAGCGCUGACACAUUUACCACAGCAGCAUCCAUUACAGAUCAUCAAGACACUGAGGAAUAUUCACCCAUGGAGGGUAUCGCCCAUCAAAAAGAUGAUGCUGCUGGCCAAACAGCACCAGAACCAGCGUCAGCAACUGGGAACGAUGCACCUCCCUUCUUGAGCGCGCCUGCUUCAUGGCAAAUUCCCGUAGCCGCAUUACACCAACAACAACAGCAGAAAUCAGAGCAACCUCAGCAUCAUCAGCCUACUAUGAGCAAUAAAGCCAUCAUGAGAAAAGAACGCUAUGAAUCUCGAGUCAAGGAGAAUAAAUAUGAUAUUGAGGCUUGGACAUGGUUGAUAAACGACGCUCAACAAACUGGCGACUUGGAAGUGAUUCGUGACAUGUAUGAACGUUUUCUGAAUGUUUUCCCUACUUCGCCAAAGCACUGGCUUGCUUACCUGGAACUCGAGUUGAAAUACUCCAACUUUAAUGAAGUCGAAGCAUUAUUCACCCGCUGUCUCAAAACUGUGUUAUCCGUCGAUCUGUGGAAGUUUUAUCUUGGUUACAUUCGUCGCAUCAACUCUGGCGAAAGCGGCUCCUCUGUCACCCCUGAAGCAAGGGCCAUCAUUGAAAAAGCCUAUGAAUACGUCUUGAGCAAUGUGGGGAUCGACAAGGACGCUGGACCCAUUUGGGCAGAUUAUAUUUACUUUUUAAAGUCUGCAGAGACUUCAAACACUUGGGAAGAACAACGUAAAAUGGAUUCCAUGCGUCGUGCCUAUCAAAAGGCAGUGACAAUUCCGUUAAACAAUGUAGAGCACUUGUGGAAGGAGUACGACCAAUGGGAAAACAACUUGAAUCGACUGACUGCCAAAAAAUUCUUGGGGGAGAAAUCAUCCGCUUACAUGACAGCUCGUACCGCCUUGAGAGAAAUGCGCUUAUUCACUGAUAAUAUCAAUACUAACAUCGUAUCCUUGCCUCCCAAGUGGACCGCAAACGAACUGGCUCAGUUGGAUCUAUGGAAAAACUACAUUCAAUGGGAGAAGAGCGAUCCUUUGCAACUCGAAGACGACACAGCUGUCAUGGAUCGUGUAGCAUACACUUACCAACAAGCAUUCCUCGUGCUUCGACUCUAUCCCGAGAUUUGGUAUAGCUUUGCAAGUUACUAUCUAGAACUCAACAAACCCGAGAAAUCACUGUCCAUCCUGAAGCAAGGUAUCGAGAUCAUGCCAACCAGUCUCUUGCUCAAUUUUUCCUACGCUGAAUUAUGCGAAUCCAGACGUCAAUUGGAUGAUGCCCGUCAAGCUUACGAUCAGCUCGUGACAACGCUUGACAAGAAUAUUGAAGAAUUGAAGGCCACUGCAAAGCAGCAGAUCGACAAACUUCAUGAAGAGGCAGAGGCAGAGAGAGCGUCAUUGAACUUGUCGGAUGAUAUUGAUGGUGAAGUGAGAGAACAACUUCGCUCUCGUGAAAAGCAUGUCAAGAAGGAACAAGAUGCAAUUGAAAAGAAGCUGAAUGAUCAAGUAGAAGUGAUUGCUCGUGGUGGCUCUUUGGUCUGGAUCAAUUAUAUGCGUUUCGCUCGUCGCACCGACGGUAUCAAGAGCGCUCGUGCCCUGUUCUCAAGAGCGCGUAAAGCCGCCAAUUGCACCUACCAUGUGUAUGUCUCGGAUGCCUUGAUGGAAUAUCACAACUCGAAGGAUGCUGUCAUUGCUGGCAAGGUGUUUAGUUUGGGUCAGAAAUCAUUUGCAGAUAACCCUGAUUUUGUCUGUGAGUACUUGGACUUUUUGAUCGAGAUGAAUGAUGACAACAACACGCGUGCUCUGUUUGAGAGAACCUUGGCUACGAUGCCAGUAGAAAAGGCAGGUCCCAUUUGGCUCAAGUUUCUCGAUUAUGAAAACAAGUAUGGAGAUCUUGCAUCAAUUCAAAGUGUGGAGAGAAGACGCAUCGAGGCAAUGGCAGCCCCUACCGUCAACACCAUGGAGUCCUUCCUGAAGAGACAAAGCUAUUUGGACAUUCGCAACAUUGAGGAUCACGAAUUAGGUUGGGUCGCUCGCAAUCAACUUUUGGCAGAUGCAGCAGCAGCCACAGCUGCUGGCGGUGCUCCUGGUAAAGACGCAGUAGCUACAUUACAACAACAGCAAUUGCAACAACAGCAGCAGCAACAGCAGCAACAGCAGCAACAGCAACAGCAACAGCAUCAUCAUCCACAUGCCAAGGAUCAUCAAAAAAGACCACUUUUAGAACCUGUGCAUCCUGAAAGAUUUCCUCGUCCAGAUCUCAAUCAAUGGCAAGCAUACAAACCAGCUGCACGUCCUGCUAAUGCUUCACCUAUCGUCACGACUGUGGUCCCUACUGCACCCAUGCCAGAGCCCACACCCAUUAAAAGCGAGCCUCUGCCACAACAAUCUGCCAUUGUACCACCACCACAACAACCCACUUCGCAACAACCCAGUUGGCAUAGUCCCAAUGUGAUGGCACCACCUCCUGUACCUAUCACUGUCAACACACCUUCCGUAACUCCAUCUUCUUUGCCUGAUGCAGUUGCUUAUUUCGUAUCCAACUUACCUCCAGCACAGACAUUCAAUGGACCCAUGAUUCAACCUGGAGAACUUGUAGACCUUUUGCGCAGUAUCAUCAUACCCUUACCACCUCAACAACAACAGGGCAGCAAUGUGCCUCCUCUACCUCAACAAUCACAGCAACCAUCUCAACGCUCCAACAAGCCACCUAUGCACCAGCAGCAAUCAUUACAAAAUAGAGAUUCUGGUCGUGGUGGUGGCCACAAUUAUGGUAGAGGUGGAGGUCGUGGAGGAUACAAUAAACGAGGUGGUGGAAACAUGCCCAUGCGUGGUGGUAAGCCAAUGAAGCGUAGAGGCGGUAGAGAUGAUUAUGACGACGAUUAUCAACCUCAUAAAGGUAUGGGCCCAAACAGACCACCAGAUUUCGAUGUGUUCAGACAAAGACAAGCAAAGAGACACAGAGAUGACCCACCAUAUUAA